GAGUUGAAGCCCAAGGCUGAUGGGUAUCAACCACAAAAGCAGAUAGCAAACAAAAUUAUGUCAAAUCAAAGAACAUGGCUGUCUACUAAAGGGUAGUCUGUAGCCAAAUGUCUUCAUUUUCAUUUAGUAUUUCUUUUUCUUUAGUAGCCAAAUUGGUUUACAAAAUUUCACUUUCUAUUUCUUUAUCUUGCAUCAUUAAGAAUUCGUGUCAAAGCUUGUUCCUGCUGCUUUCUGAAUGCAUUUACAGCAAAUAUAAAUUCUGUAUUUUGUAGUGGUAGAAAUUUGUGUUUUUCUAACAUUUUUUCCCUUUUAUGCUAUAUACCCAAUUUGGUUCGUAUGCAAGGCCUCUAUGAAAAGUUGAAUGUGCCUUCAGGUAAUCAGUUAUAUUGUUCCCAAUGCAUUUUUUUAACUAAAUUCUAUUCAAUAUAGAAUGUGUGCUAAAUAGAGGUAAAUAAUAAUGGUGCCUAUGUUAAUAUAAUUUUGUAAGAAGCAACUCGGGGGCAAGUAAUUUCUUUAAGUGUCAAAAUAUAUUUGCAACAAUUAAAAACCCUGAUAUGUUGGUAAUGAGUUUUCCCUAGCAUUAUGGAGUCUUGUGUGGUACAAGCAAGGCCUUUGCAUGCAUUUCACUUGGAGCUGCAGGUUAUUCUAUUCUCCAGUGAUCGUAUGGCAAAAGCAAGCCCACCUUUCUCAGGUUUUGCUGACAUUUUACUUGUUAUCUUGGAUUUUAUGAUAGUGAGCUAAAUGAUUUCUAUUUAUUUGCACAUGCAAGCUGUUUUGAAUGAAAACAAGAUUUCUCUUAUGACAUUUUUGAUGUCCAGGCUAAUAAUGCAGAAGGGGAGGCCUAGGCUUAGGCCUUGACGAAGAGGCAUUCCCAUGAUCAUGUUGCUGGUGUCAUAUCAGGGGCUCUUCUCUACAUUCGUGAAGAUUUUAAAGCUGUGAAUGAGAGUAGCUUUUUACAGGAGACUAUUGUUAGUAUGGCAAUCUUUGGCGCCAUUAUAGGAGCUGCAAUAAGUGGGUAUAUUGGUGAUAAAUAUGGACGCAAGAAGGCAACUAUCAUAGCCGAUUUCUUUUUUAUUCUUGGAGCCAUUGCAAUGGCUGGUGCACCAGAACCAUAUACUCUGAUUGCUGGACGGCUGCUAGUGGGUUUAGGUGUUGGGAUUGCAUCAAUAACUUCCCCUAUUUAUAUUGCGGAAGUUUCUCCCUCUGAAAUAAGGGGAGCACUAGUGAGUACAAAUACAUUGAUGACUACUGGUGGACAGUUCCUAUCAUACCUUGUGAACCUAGGAUUUACAGAGGUGCCAGGGACAUGGCGCUGGAUGCUAGGUGCAGCAGGUUUGCCAGCUCUUGCACAGUUGGUGAUAAUGUUGUUCUUGCCAGAGUCACCACGUUGGCUCUUUAUGGAGAACAAGCAAGUUGAAGCAGUUGCAAUUCUAGAAAAGAUUUAUGAUCCUGACAGGCUAGAUAUUGAGGUUGAACAGCUAUCUGCUGCUCUGGAGGAAGAAACCCAAGAGAGAGAAUUGAAAGGAAAGAUAUCAUACCUGGACCUUGUCAGGUCCAAGGAAUUAAGGCUUGCUCUAUUUGCUGGUGUUGGUUUUCAGGCUUUUCAACAAUUUGCGGGCAUAAAUACUGUAAUGUACUACAGUCCCACCAUCGUGCAACUAGCUGGUUUUGCUUCAAAUCAGAUAGCUUUGUUGCUUUCCUUAAUAGUUGCUGCAAUGAAUGCUAUUGGCACAAUUCUUGGAAUAUUCCUUAUAGAUCGAUGUGGAAGGAGAUUGCUUGCCUUAACGAGUUUAUUUGGCGUUUUUGUGUCACUUGCUAUUCUCUCUGGAGCAUUUUACUUGACUUCUGUAGAUGUACCCACUGUCGACAUACAUCAGACACUCAAAGCAGGAUAUGCUUGUCCAGCUAUCCUUGAUUUCAGCCAACCACUUUGGAACUGCAAUGGUUGCCUAAAUGCGGGAUGUGGCUUCUGUACGGCCUCAGGAAACCAGAUGCUUCCUGGAACCUGUUUCAUUUCAAACUCAACAUCUGAGCAAUACUGUUCUUUAAAUUCUGGUAAUUGGUACAGUGAAAUUUGUCCUAGUACUUAUGGUUGGUUUGCAGUUCUUGGCUUGGUCCUUUACAUAGCUUUCUUCUCUCCUGGUAUGGGACCUGUUCCAUGGACGAUCAAUUCUGAAAUUUAUCCAUCAAAAUAUAGAAGCAUGUGUGGAGGUAUUGCUGCGACAGCUUGCUGGGUAAGCAAUUUGAUUGUUUCAGAGUCUUUCUUAUCUCUGGUUGAUGCAGUGGGGACAUCCAAGACGUUUUUAAUAUUUGCUGCGAUUGUUAUGGCUGCAUUCAUUUUUGUGCUUGCUUUUGUUCCCGAGACAAAAGGCCUCAGCUUUGAGGAAGUUGAAAAAAUGUGGCAAAAGAAAGCACAUAAGGGUAGCAGUGACGAUACGAGUGGAAGUUCUACCGAGGCUCUUCUUGACAAAAAUCACAAGCCGGUAUCCAUUAAAUCUGAUGUCUGAGCCCCAGAUAUAGUGCGUAUUAAUUUGAGUGGUCCUAACUUAAGGUAGUACAUGGACAAACUUAUGACACAUUGGGUGGGUGGUACAAAAUUUUCAUGAUAUUGAACAGCCUUCUGACAGAGAAUUUGGUGGACCUAAUUUUGGUUGCAAUUUGACAGCCAUCUGAUAUUAUUAAGGUUGGUCCUAGUUCUAGGUGGCUUUAUUCACUUUCAUUUGAUAUGUUGAAAGUGCCAGUCUCUAUCUGCAGGUUAAUAGCAAAGUCUGUGAAACUUGCAUUGUUUGGCAGUGUCACAGCCUCAAUGAUAUUGUAUAUAGCCGAAGCGUAUUGAUUAUGGUUGUGGGGAAAGUUCAUUGUAGAAUUAUAUGUAUUUGUUAUCAGAAUUUUACAGUCCCAAGGGGUGAUCAGAGUCAAAUAUUCCCACACCCAGGACAUUUGAACUCGUAUAAUAGUGGAAGUGCAGUCACGUGACCAUUGAUUAUGGAUUCUGGGCAUGUGAAUCUGCUACUAUCUUUCGCUAUAAACUUUUGAGCUUUUGCCUAAUAUAUAUUUUUGCAAGCGGAAAGUGGAUUAAAGCCGCUUUCUCGCCGUGCUAAAUUAGAUUAAUAGAGGAAAACUGUCUUUAGAAGAUAAA